AUGCUUCAAACAACCUUACUGUCAAUUCCAGAAGCUCGUGAGGAGUACUUGGGUUCGUCCAUCAUCGAAAGAACUUCCAGACUUCACACUUUUAAUGACUUGGGUCCUGCUGACUUGUGUAACAUCCAUAAGCAUUCGGUCACUUCCAAAAAGAAUGCUGAAAUUGGAACCUUUCUAUACUUCACUGGUGUGGAUACAUCCAACUCUGCAUCAAUAGCUGCUCAUCUACAAAGCUUGGCGACCCUUAUCGGAUCCAAGUCUCAAUACUGGUUUGGAGAAAAGAAGCACUGGAAAGUUCCUGAAUUGACUUAUUGUACCUACAACGCCUUCUCCAAGGUGGAUAUGAGAGUUACCGUGCACAUUCCAGGAAAAUUUGAAAGUGUCGUUGUAAGUAAUGAUGGGAAAUUGAUUCACGACAAAGUCAGUGAGGAUGAAAUGGAAAAAUUGUGGAAUGAAACAUUUGUCAGUUCCAUUGUAAGAUGCUUAAUUGACACCACAGAUGACGACGAUGAAAAUAAAAUCGGUGGGUUAGUCGAAGUCAGAAAAUUGAACCCGUUCAAUAACGGAGCAAUUUCCAAGGAAAUCUUGAACAACUUUUUGAAUUCAUUUGAGAAGUUGUUCUGGGAUGGAAGCAAAUUAGGUUGUGGAGUGGACAUCCCACAGGCUACUUUGAUUAAUAACUAUUUAAUAGAUGGUUUCUUGAAAUGUAUUCAAUUGACUCAAAGCUACGAUCAAGGUUUAAAAAUCUUAGAAAGAUUGCAGAAGUUGGAGCCAUCCGUCAUCACAUUAAUUGCCAAAGUUUAUUUGAUGAAAGACGAAGAAAUUAUAGCAAUAAAUUUGAUAAAUGAGGGGAUCAAAGAGAAUAAAAGAGAUUCCGAUUUGCUAUUACUACAAACUCAAUUCUGUAUUGAUAAGAAGAGAUAUGAUUUAGCUUUGGAACUAGCUAAACAAACUGUUAAAUCUUCACCAUCUGAUUUUAAAAGUUGGUCCAUCUUAGUGACAGUCUAUACAAAAUUAAAUGAUUUUGAAAAUGCUCUUUUGACCUUAAACUCUUGUCCGAUGAAUAGUCAUAAGGAAAAGUUUACCUUAAGAAGGAUAGUGCCAUUAAGAGGUGGUAAUGACGACUUACAUCUCCCAUCACCUGUUGAUGUCACAUUGGAUGAAGUAAGCAAACUUCAAAGCACAGAGAUUACAUUUGAACAGAGGAACUUGGACCCUCAAUUAGUGAAUUUACCUGCUCCUAACUUAAAAUCUACUUUUGCUAAGUCUUACGACUUGUUGACUGAAAUUGUGAACAAAACUGGUUGGGAGGCGUUAUUGAAGUAUAGAGCGAAGGUCUUCGUUAUGGAAGAAGAGUAUAGGAAAGACAGGAAAAACAGCAGUAAGCAACAAGUGAAUAUCUCUGCUGAGAAACUUGAAGGGGAAAACGGUGAAAAUGGUACUGUAACGAAUGGUAAUAUCGAAGACGUGGUCGGUGAAGCAGAUGAAGCAGCCUCUACACUUGGAGUUAAAUCUCCAUCUAAGCAAUCAGUUGAAUCAUUUGAAAAUGAAUUCAGAAAGAAGAGAUUAUGUGAAAGAUGGUUGGACAACUUAUUCAUGUUAUUAUACGAAGAUUUAAGAGCUUAUACUAUGUGGCAAGCGGAAUACGUUCAUUUCCAAGCACAGCAAAUGGAGUACAAAAAGACCACUUUGGAGUGGGAGAUCUUGGGACUGCUUGCCUAUAGGUUAAAGCACUUCAAAGAGGGAUCAGUUGCAUUUGCUAAUGCCUUAAGUGGCAGAUUUUCAUCGAAAUCCACUCGUCAAAUGUUAAAAUAUUACCAAAUGGAAAGGAGUAAAGUGUUGAGUAAGAAUUCCUCUACAAUAGCUGCACCCAAUGGUAGUAGUACAGGAGGAAUGGCCAAUAAUAGCAACAAUACCAGCAAUCACAACUAUACCAAGAUUGUUGGACAAUUGAAUGAAAAGAUAUUGGAAUGCUGUAUUAAAUUAUUAGUAUGGAACCAUAGAUGGUAUUGUGAAUUCUCACCUACUUUAAUUAUUAUUUUAAGCGAUUUGGUUUCCAAAGACGGCUUAAUAAAGAUCCAAUCUCAAGUUUCUGCCGUUUAUUCAAACAGUAUAAAUGUUUCAAGCUCUGGAGCAGCUACAGACAACGGGAAUCAUGGUAUUACUGAUAUGAUGGAUGAUGUAUAUGAAUUCUUCAAGUAUAAUUCCAUUGCUGGAGCGGAUAACUAG